GAUGUUAGAUGGCAGUGUCACAUUUUUAGUCUGCUUUGUUUACUCCGGUUUACUCGUAACGUGGUUCUUUAACUAUUCUGUUCUAGUUUGUAUGUUUGUAUGGAAGAUUUUGAAUACGCUUGGAAAAAUCCGUGAUUAUUUAACUCUUUGCUGAAAAUGGCUGACACUGUGAUCAAGGCGUUAAUGCUGGACAAAAUCCAGAUGGAUGGAAAAUCCCUUAUAAUCGUCCAGCAUAACGAUGGUUCACCAUUUCUCCACUCACUGUUAACUCAAAGUGCUAGACAAGGCCGAAAAAUAUGUCUAGUUUCAUUCAAUCAUUCCGUUGGAUAUUACCACAAUGUUGGAACUCGCCUUGGAUGGAAUCUGAAUAACUUGCUGAGCAAAAACCAGGCUGUUUUUAUCGGUGGACUGCAGACUCUCAAGGACUCCUCCAGAUUGCAAAAUUGUUCUAAUCCAUUUGAUUUUCUCUUUAAUCCAAGCACCUGCCCAAUUCAGACUCUCCUGUUAAGUAUACAGGAAGUCGUCUCCAAUUGGGUAGAGCAGCCAUUUUCACUGGUUAUUGAUGAGCUUGACUGUCUUCUCAGUUUAGGUGUGGAGCCCAAGCACAUAGUUAAGUUCUUUCAACACUGUCACUCUCUUGUCCAAACAAAUUCUAAAGGUUCCCUAAUAAUAUCAAUGGGUGUAACACCAUCUGAUAAGGAAGUCAUUCAGUGCAGCCAAUUGUUGGCUCAUUGGUGUGAUUUAGUUAUCACUGAAAAAGGAUUGCAGACUGGAAAAUCAAAGGAUUUGACUGGUAGUCUCACUGUGAACUGGAAUAUUCAUCCCUUCACCGAGCAGCACUUUCAUUUCAAAUGUUACGAUCGUGGAAUAAAAAUGUUUGCUCCGGGCACCGCUGUUUUGUGAUGUGACACCCUCCAAAAAUGAAACAAUUUCCACGGAUCAUUUAAUAAAUUGUAUUUGAUAAUGA